AUGUCUGUUCCUUUAACCAAAGUCGAUUCGGCCAUCGCUGGCUUGUCCAUAUCCGAUGAGAAACCCAAGAUUGAGAAGGAGGUCAAGGCCAAGACCCACAGGCGGACCUCCUCAACGGUAGAAGGUAUCUGGAACAUCAAGGACCUUGAAGAGCAAAAGAUGGACCUUGAACUACCAAUCGAAACACAGAAGACUGGGUGGAAACUCAACACCUCCCCCUCAACCAUUGAAGACAAAGAUAUCCUCAAAAUGUUCCUCGUCACUCCACCCGUCAAGAAGAUUGACCUACACUUCCCCCUUGGCCUAGAAGUCACCGCACGGAACCUCAAGGGCGUCACGAUCAAGGACGCAUUGGAUGCCAUCUACAAACAGUUCAAGAAGAAGGCGGAUGAUGAACUCGACAAACCCUACCUCGCUGGCUUCGAGUGGGACAAGGAAGAGUGCUGGACCCGGUUGGUCGUGCACCAGAAGAAGGAGGGUGCACCACAGCCAAGCAAAAAGUCCAAGAAGAAGUCCAAGGACGAGGCAUAG